GUCUGCGACAUGAGAUUAGUUGUUUGUCAUCACGAGCCGGUGUAUAAAAGGGCGAAUGGCAUGUUUUCCGAUGCCCACCUUUCUUUCUUCCGUUCUCCCAUCUUCCCCUCACCCCUACCCGCAAAUCCUUUGCGAUGUUUUCCUUCCCCCAGAUUACCGCCAUUGACCUUGUUUCCAGCUUCGCGCUUGCCGCCGCCUCCAUAUUCAUCGCGUACGUCGCAUUUUACGCCAUUUACAACGCAAUUCUCUCUCCUCUGAGCGCUAUUCCUGGUCCGUGGUACGCCGCGAUUUCCGACAUCUGGCUCACCACCCACGUCGUGCGUCUCGAGCAAUGCCAGACAAUCCAGUCCCUUUUCGAAAAGUACGGCCCUGUGGUUCGCGUUGGACCCAACAAAGUUGUCUUCAACGAUCUUUCUACUAUGCGAAGCGUCUACUCUGUCCACAAGUUCGACAAGAGCAUAUACUACAAGAGUCUCCUCACGAACGAAAAUGACCACGCGAUGACCACCCUCGACCACGCUUCUCAUUCCGUUCGACGAAAGGGAUACGCCCCACACUAUAUCACGUCUAACCUAUCAAAAUUUCAAGCCGAGAUGCACGAUCUCACUUUGGAGCUAGUCAAUGCCUUAGAUGGCAUGAGCAGAAAAACGUCACUGGAGUGUCUUUCAUUGUUCCGCAAUCUCAUGGUCGACGUUAUUGUAUCAACGUCGUAUGGCUACCGUCUUGGGGCAGUACAUAAGUGGUCCAUGAAUUCCGAAGAUCCUCUUUCCACUGCCAUUAAUGAUUUUCCGAAGCGUGGUAUUUUACGAAGCGUCGUUCCUACCUGGACCUGGAAUAUUGUCUGCAAGAUUCCGAACGCCCGAUGGCGUCAACUCGUUGACUCUGAUAAGAUUAUGGCCGAGUUUGUCAGGGAGCGCGUGUACCAGAUGCAUGCGCAGAUGAACGCAAGAACGUUGGAAGAAUCGGAGAAGGUUCCCAUGCUGCACAGGCUCCUGAACUACCGCUACAGUUCGAGCAAUAAUGCGAUGCCUGAUACCGACAUCAUCUCGGAGUGCAUGGGUCACAUGAUUGCAGGAUCCGACACAACAUCGACGACGCUGUCCUAUUUCCUCUGGGAGCUUAGUCGUCGCUCGGAUGUCGUGAGGAGGCUUCAGGACGAGCUCGACGAGGUUAUGCCUAAUGCGCGGACCAUUCCGGAUAUGGCUAUUCUCCACGGUCUACCUUACUUGAACGCCUUCAUCAAUGAAGGAUUGAGAGUGUACUCUGCUGCUCCGAGUCUUCUUGAGCGUGUGGUCCCAGCGUCUACGUCUUACAAGUUCGGACACGAGGCAUUUGAUCUUAUGGGUUUCGCCCUUCCCUCAGGAACGGUAGUUGCUACACAAGCUUGGUCGAUGCACCGUAAUCCAGCCGUCUUUCUUUCGCCUGAAACGUUCCUCCCUGAUCGUUGGUUGGAUGCCUCGCCUGAUUCUUUGGCGUUGAUGAGGCAGCACAUGAUGCCGUUUGGGACUGGAACUAGGAUGUGUGGAGGUCAGAACCUGGCUCAUGCAAUGAUGAGAGUAGUCAUAGCGGCCAUCGUGAGGAACUUCAACAUCGUCGCUCCACCGGAAACAAACGAGAGAAGCAUGGAGAUCAAAGACAGUUUCGUUAUAUUUCCUUCAGCAAAUGAGUGCAAACUCAUAUUCAACCCGAGAACACCCUGAUCGGGCUGCCGACACCCUCCGCCCCCAUCAUUGCAAUUUCGAAUUCACUUUCUUGGUUGUUUGGUUUUCGUCACUCUUGCUUUCAUUGUUAUUGCUAUCGACACUGUUUCGCGAUCCCCCAGGCUUUCACCGCUGUCUUGAUUUGGCUUCAGCCGUUUCUCUUUACUCAUGUCCACUGCCAACAUUGGCAGACCCACUAUUGCUAUCGACCACUAUUCUAUGUCGUCCUUAAUGGAAGUGCGUGCCCCCUGACGCUGGGAAUCCGAUACGCUAUACUAUAUUCAUAUUAAUUUUUUUUACACCUUCGUUUGUUCUUGACGUAACUUACAUGUCCAAUUUUGUUGGAGUAGUUUAUUCUAGGGUUA